UACGUAAACAUGGAGAGGUAUCUCUCUUCGAGAUCUGAACCGAGUUGACAGACCGUCUGGUAUAUCGGAAAAAAGAACUCUUGCGUUUGUAAUUCGUUCCUGUUUCAAAUGUAUGAUUAAGUUGCCGAUCUAGCGACGCGGUUCAUUUGUGGUGGUAACAUAUAUGUUGAGUGCGACCUAGACGAUGAAGAUAAAGAUUAUGAGGAUCUUUUCAUAGACUGAUAUCUUCUGGCAUCUCGGAUGUAAAGACAUCUACUGCAACGCGACCUGGGACACUCUGUACUGCUGGCCCGCCACAGAAGCCGGCAGUGUUGCUAAGGAGAUGUGUGCAACUGUUUUCACCGAUAUUCCGGAUCUUGUGAAUUAUCCUGAUGCCUACGCCUUCCGGGAGUGUGGCCAUGACGGAAUGUGGAUGAAAGACGGAUGGACGAAUUACUCCCAGUGUCUCAACGUCAUCGACAAACAGGACUGGCUCUGCAAGACCCUUUUGGCGAUCCGGAUGUACGCUCAGAUGGCCUCGAUCAACUGGAUGUUCGUCGAGGGGCUGUUCCUCCACUCAAGGUUGACCUCCAACGUCUUCGACUCGGGAGCUCCCUUUCCCCUCUACUACACUAUAGGAUGGGGCGCCCCCCUGGUGUUCAUCGUCGCGUGGUCGGUCACCAUGGCCAUUCACUAUCCCAAUCAAGGCGACGGUGGUGCUGUUCCCUCUCCUGGGCACCACCAACCUCCUCUUCGCUGUCAACCCGGGGGACAAAGGCGAAGGAGCGUACAUGGUGACCAACGCCCUCCUUCAGUCCUCGCAGGGCGUGUUCGUGUCGGUGCUGUACUGCUUCCUGAACGCGGAGGUGCGGAAGGUGGUGCAGAAGCGGUGGCGCCAGUACCGCCUGCGGCGCCUGGGCUACCCGGACUCCGAGCGCCGCAAGAGCACGAAGAGCACCAUCAUCCUGCCCUCGACCUUCUCCUUCCGACGCCCCACGAGCCACAACAUCAACCUCCAUCUGCCUCCUUCGCCCCGACCCACCUCCCCGCAGUCGUCCUCCGUCGUCCAGGCUCACGUCAACGCCGCCCACCACGCCCACCCGUCGUCCUUCGCGGCCCCCUCGCAGCCGCCCUCGUACCUCGCCAUCUCGCUCCACUCGCCCUCGUCCUCGUCGUCCUCCUCGCGCCCGCCCUGCGCCUUCGCCCUCGCCGCCCACGCGUCGCCCUCGAGAGUCUUCGAGCCCCUCGCCCUCGACUCCUUCCCCUCGAGGCUCUGCUCCUCGCCCACGCAGACGCUCAGCCCCUCGAUGCCGCUCCCUUGCUUGCUCCCUGCCUCCUCCCUCCGCCACGCCCCUUCCGACGCCUCCUCCCUGAACCACGCCCCCUACGACGCCUACCCCUCCGACGCGUGCCCCUCGCCCCUCUCCGGCGCCCAGCAGAGCCUCGAGACGUCGCUCCUGUAGACAGACCGAGACCUCACCACACUCCUGCCGGCGCUCUGGCUAACGGCCCUCCACCCGAGCGUCCUCUCGCGCAGUGUGGACGGCCCUCAGCUUGAAAGUGGAAAGGAAAGUGGACUGAAGUGGAUUACAGGGAUUAUUAGAUGUGUAAGCUUCAUGUGAACCUCUUGAGAAAAAAAAAAUAUCUUAGCACGUGACUAGAAUAUAACAAUAAAAGAACACCAAACUUGUGUAAAAACAUGAUAUUGAAUAAUUAAAUAUUUUAAAAAGUGACCGAGAU